AUGCUGUUUCAUUUCCAGGAGGUCGAUGUGGCAGCACUGGUGGGCUCGACACAAGCGUACCUCUCCGAUGCAAAGGAUGGAGCGGCGACUGCCACGAAGUACGACCAAGAACAGGAACAGGUGGCAGACAUGGGAGCCCAAAUGAGUGGUGCAGCUUUCAACGUGCCAUCUGCCAACACGCGUUUGGCAUAUGUGGACCCUUCCCGCCCCGCGGACCCGGAGAACCGGACGUUGCUGGCGCCUGCGGGCGCUCAACGGCCGCAGCUGGUCCGGUGGACGGGACGCAGUUUGCAGCUGCGGGGCCCUGCGGCGCUGAUGUGGCUGGGCCAUGGGGGGCGGCUUCACCAUGGUUUAGGUAUGCUAAAAUGGAUCGAGAAAAAUUGGAAUUCAAGAUGA